AUGACGAUCAUCGAUCAGAUCAAGGACAAGAAGGAAGAGCCCAUUAGUGUUCUAAUUAUAGCCGACACGUUUAGUCCAAGGUUAACUCCAAUAGUUCAUGAGAAACCUUUAGUAAGUUGCUAUUUUUUAUACCUAUUUUCAAUUUGUUUAGGCUUUAUUCGAUGUUGGAGGUCAACGUUUACUCGAUCUAGUCUUAGAAUGGGUGUCUCGAUUAUAUGCCAAUGUUUUUGUUGCAUCAUCCACCCUUGAUAAGGAAACUGCUCAAGGGAUUCAAAAGUAAGUUCAACAUUUCAUUCAGACCUAGUUUUGUCUUUAGGAAGUGGAAGACACGGACUAAUUUAGAGAUGAUCUUAUGCGAAGGAUGUAACAGUACGGGGGAUAUUAUGAGAGAAGUCGACAAGCGACGACUAAUUACGAAAGAAUUUAUACUGAUCGAUCAGAUCCCAACCUUUUGCUCAUCAAAGUUGACAAAGAACAUUGCUAAGUUUAGGUAAGUUGUUUUAUUCCUUAUUUUACUUUUGCCUUUAGAGCACUCCGAAAGAAGAAUCGAAACAAUGUGAUGCAAAUCUUGGUAAAAGAGUCAAAGAAAGAGUUUGGACCCUAUGUGAUUGAUAAAGAGACGCACGAACUUUUGGUAUUCAACUCUCCGGAUGAAGGAGUCGAACUAAAGUUGAAUAAAAGGAACUUUUCUGCCGAACAUAAGAUCAGAUGUGACUUGAAACCAUGUGGAAUUUACAUCUGUGGACCUGAAAUCAUUGCCCAGUUCAGUGACAACUUUGAUUUUCUUAGCUUGGAUAAUCUAAUUCGUGGGAUUUUAAUUCAUGAAGAGAUCAUGUGUCAAAACAUCUUCUUGGACAUCCUGGAUGAAGAUGUGUUUGCUCAGAAUGCAAUGUAAGAUUGCUUUGUGUUAUACUUACUUUUUAGUGAUUAUGACUCGCUCUUGGAAUGUCUUUGGGCUUUUCAACACGGGAAGUUUCAUCCUACUUCCUUGCUGAACCUCCAUCCAAAUCAUUGCACCUUGAAGACUUACUCUUCGUUCCAAGCAAGGGAGAAUAAUGUUUAUGUGGUGCCAAAGGCAAGGAUUCCUGUCAAUUCAUGGAGUUGUGUGUUUGGAGGGAAAUUUGAUGUCCAUCCAGAUGCAAAAACAAAUGGAUCUUUUUUCGGGGACAAUCUUGUUAUUGGUAUGUUUAUUUUUGAUCUUUUUAUUUGUUAUUUUAGGAGCUAAAGCAAGGUUGUCUGAAGUCGUGGCCGGUAAGAAUUUUAAAGUUGGAGACGGCGUUGUCGUCAAAAGGGCCAUUAUCGGGGACAAUGUUACACUGGGAGCUAAUGUUACAAUCAAGGAGAAUGUGAUCAUUGGGAAUAAUGUUACUAUUCCGCCAAAAGUUAUCAUCUCCAGACAUUCCGUUAUUAUGGUUUCUGAUGCUCCUCCUCAUCCGGAUUAUAAAACUGUCAAGAAACAAGGUGAGUAAUUUCGAAAUAUUUUAUUUUUUUUCCUUUAGAUCUCUACUUCUGGACGUUCGAGGAUGACGGAGACAACUUCUUCUGGGAACUGAAAUCUCAUCCCCAACCUAAACGGCUAUCUGCAGUCUGGUCGAAUCAACGUCAAAGUCGGUCUUCAGAAUCCCUCAGACAACGGAGAAUUUCUUUCCAUGAUGCCAAUGACUCUUCUCCUGAGAAUUACACCGUUUGGCCACACACUGACCCUUCGAAGUCACAGACAUCGGUUAAUGGCCCGAAAUCGCCGUUAACGAAAAGAAAAAAACACAAUUCUGGGUCUACUGCCACCGGAGCUACGACAAAGUCAGCGCAAAUAAUUGAUGUUCUCUACGAAACAAGUGGCGCCGCUUUGGAGAGAUUUGAUGCUGAAGUGAAGGACUCGAUGAAGUCGGCAUUAGAAGCCGAGGAGCCGGAUUCAGAGGCACAACAGAGAAAGGUGAUUUUGGAGAUUAACAGCUCGAAACUUGCCUAUAAUAUUGGAAUGGAUGAUGUGGCGAAACACGUGUUUUUGGCGUUUAUGAGCAUGCCCAACUUUGGCCCCACCUUGAAAGAUAUGAAGGACGCGUUCAGCGCUUGGACCGUCAUCUGGGCCAAUUAUUAUCGACCUCAAGCAUCGAAGGUUCAACUUCUUCAUGCCAUUGAAGACCAUUGUGCUCUCAACCCAGAAUGGAUCAAAUAUCUACCAAACUUUAUCCUCUUCCUGUUUAAUGAUGCCGAGUUGUUACCUGAUGACAUGAUAACUACUUGGUACGAACAACUUCCAGCCGACUCACCUUUAAAAACGGAGAAAAUGGGCGAGUUGGUUGAAUGGCUAAACCAAGAAGAUGAUGACGAGGACGAUGAUGAGGAUGAAGAUGAAGAUUAA